UAAAGUCGCAGCCGGUCUCGUCCGUGUAUCCCGGACACAGAUAAGGAGAGAUCGCGUGCUCCUCGCUGACAGUCGUCUCCACGCUGGAAGCAGAAGGCAUCUAAUAGGCUUUCCUCCCCCUUCACAAAGCUCCCAGCCCUCCCAUGUGUGCCCCUCAUCAAAUGAUUCACUGCAACGUGGUGCAAAAACCCUUCCGGGUUCCAGCUAACAUUUCCUGCACCGAGUAGCGAUCAGAAGCGGCGGGAGCAGCCGAGGAGCACACGGGUCACACCGGACACAGCCAAGCAGCUUGAUCCCUGGGACACCCCCCCCCCGCGGCUGGGAGCGCUGCACACGGAUACAGCCCCCUGGGCGGGUUAUCCUCCUCCCGGCCACAGCUCAGCAGGGACCCCCUCCACCUGCUGCACGAGUCCUGCACACAUCCACCGCUACAGUACGGCGCAGUUUGCGCUCCUCCGGGGGAAGCCAAGAUGAAAGCGCUCCUGCUGAGCCUGCUUGCCUGCCUGCUGGUAUACGGAGCCCCGGGGAGCCCCUUGUAUAAGAGAGAGUUGGAGAGUAAACAGAACAUCGUGCCUUCUAUAGCAAGCAACGGGAGCAGCACCCCGGAGACCCCGUUAGACCAGGUGAACGUCACAGCCAAGGCCACUCGCUUUGAUUCCAUUGAGAAAUAUUUGCCCACCAUCAAGAACGUCUUCAUCUUCGUGUGCGGCUUCAGCACCUUCCUCAUCGCCUGCCUGGUGUUCAAGAUCUUCAGGUCUGGCAAAAGAAUACGAAAAACACGUAAAUAUGACAUAAUAACGACGCCAGCUGAACGAGUUGAAAUGGCUCCACUGAAUGAGGACAACUAUGAAGAAGAUGAUUCAGCGGUGCUUGAUGUCAAAUACAGAUAUAGGUAAACACAUUGGAUUUUUGUGAGGGUCUGGUCAAUAAGAAUGCCAUCGGAGCCGAAAACUGGAGUGAAGUUUGGUUUUAUCGGUCUUGGAGACAGAAUGGCAUGUUUCAAGUGAACUCUGGAUAAAUCAGCAAUGAUUGCAUCUCUCCUUAAACCAACUCCUGGAAACUUCACACAGAGGGCAGCUAUUUCUUUCCUACUCUCUGUGUUUGUGCCAAAGAGCGCUUGUGGCUUUUGUGUAAAGACAUUGCAUAUAUACGCGAAUUACAGGAAGCAUUCUAAUCGUAAAACAAAAUCAAUAACCCUUCAGGUGAGACUUAAGUCAGUGAGUCAUUUUUGCACGAAAAGUUUGUGUUAAAAUUAAUUAGCCGCCAGCCACAUGGUCAACGGUCAACCUGCUGCUUUGUGCUGUAGAAUAAACCCUUGAGUAUAACAUCCAGACGACGCCACCUCUAGAUUUUGGGGAUCUCGAAUGGCAUGUACAUGUGUUGUGGCUAUAAACCACAUUUGUAUUUAUCUAAUGAGUAUAAAAAUCUAGUGCCAGAGGGACAUCAGAUUAGUGUUUCCCAUCGCUACCAGUAUUUUAUUAAUUCUUUAGUAGUUUUGUAAAGAAUACAAGAAGGUUACUGGGAGAUAUGUCCGUUGCUGUUCCUGGGUGCAAGUUCUUCUACAAUUGAGUUGCAUAAAGCAGUGAACUAGAAUAAUUCUACAGUGAUCAUUUUGAUUGUGACGCUUUGUAAAUAUGUUACAAAAUGUUGAUCUCUAAAAUAUGAGUUGUGCUUGGUUGGGAUUCUGUGUGGAGGUUUCACUA